AUGCAUGAUUGUUGCUUGGCGAUCGAGGAUAACAAAAAAAUCAAGAUUGUUGCAAUUGGACAAGUUUACAUACCGGGAGAAAAAAUAGUGGUGAAGAAUCACUUUUUUGACGUGUCCUCUGAAAACCGCCGGGUCUCCAUAACUGACGAUGUCGAUCCGACUGCACUACUACCAUGUCCUGUGAUGGGGUUCUUAUUCGUUUGUGAAGCGAAGGAUACUUUUGUUCCAUGGCCAACAAACUUGAUUUUUCCAAAGAAAAAGUUGGACAAGCAAGUAGAAGAUACAGAAGUUACCCCUUCAUUGCAAUCUCCGACAUCAUAUACAUCAUCCGAUACAUCAUCUAGAAAAAAGUAUGUCAUCGAUGAAGCGGAUCGUGCAAAAGUGUCAUCUGGUUUGUUGCAAGUGUUCAUGAAUAAAGCUAUGGGAAUGAAAAAAAGGGAUGAAAACAUCAUACUUACAAUCCCUUAUAGCGUAUUCUACAAUGAGACAGAAGCUAGGCUUGAUUAUGAAGAAAUACUUGAUUGGUGCUUCCAAAAGGAGAUUGGAGCAUCUCACAUGUCAAUUUUCAUGAGGUACCUGAGCAAAAUGUGUCAAAAGGAGAGUGUAGCAGGGAUGUAUGGAUUUUGUGAUGUCAAUUUUCUUUCUCCGUUAACACCAGCAGAAGAGGAAGCUAGCUCUGACUAUUUGUCAAAUGUUUUUGGGUGCAAUGGAGGCAAGAAUAUUAAUCAACUGUUUUUUAAGCCAUACCAUGAAAAUAAGCAUUGGAUGUUGGCUGUGAUAAGUCCUUGGAAAGGUAUGGUUUUUUGGCUUGAUCCAACCGAAGCGGAUGACAUUAGUGAAUUUGCACAGAAGAUCAUUGCAGCGGGAGUCCUGAAUUUUAGCACUAUUCGUCGAAAGGAUAUCAAGAAAAUGAAAAAGAAUCCCGGAAUUGCUUGGAUCACACCACAUGAGACAAUAGAAAGUAGAGGACAAGUAGUUCCCCCAAAGGUAACUUUAGGUUAUGAUUUAUGCGACAAGUAGCUGUGUGUGCGCGGGGGCCAAGACCACGACACAGCAGCAACAGCGCGGCCCACGGCCCAGCUCGCUGUGCGUGUCCGUGUGAUGCUGCGCGGGCUUGCUAGCCGGCCUUGCCUUAUGGCUUGGUCGGUUAGUAAGGUUAUGUAAAUAACCUUCUAACCAAUCUAACACACACACAAUUCAUUACUCAAACCCUAGAGACACAGAGAACCCUAAUUCUCUCUGUGCCUCCAAAUUGAGUUCUUCCCAAAAGCAAAGUAUCUUGAUCGAUUGUCUAAGCUACGAUAAUCAAGACGGAUCUGAACGUGUCGGUGAACCAAGUAGAGGAACGACAAGUGGAGUUCUAAGUUCGUGUUCGUUGACAAUUCGUGGAAAAUACGCUUCAAACGUAAGUCUUCUUAAUCUGUGCUUUAUACAUGUUUCCUGGCUUUGGGAUUGUUUCCGCACAUGUUAUUAUGUUUAACUGUAUUCCCCUACAGUGGUAUCAUGAGCCUUAUGUAUUCAAAGCAUGAAUUAGCAUGAUUUAUUGUUUUUGCAUCUGUCGAAAAUUUUGAAUUUUUUGUUGAAUUUUCGGAACUCUUACGAAUUAUUGGAUAAAUUGCGUAAUAAUCAGGUCCGAAAUAAAAAAUAUUCGUUUUUUCGAGUUUUAAAACCUUAAUGUGAUUGAAAAGGAUUUUCUAAGAUCAACUCAUGAGAACGGAAUUGCAAAAACAGGCCUAGAAGUGUCGUUUUUUGGGCGUUUUUGUUAAUUUUUCAUUAAAAAUUAAAAGUGUCGGACAGUAAUUCAAUUAAACGGUCGACCUAAACUACUCGGAAUUGCUUGAAAUUUAGACACAAUGUUUCUGGGUAUAUUUUUUAUCUAUGGUAAAAAUUUUAGAUUUUUCUGAUAAGUAUAAACCCUAAUUUUUCCUUUCCCCAAUUCGUAAAAUUUGAAACCCUAAUUGAAUUUUAAUUAAUUUUGGUUUAAUAGUUCGGUUAAUUGGGAAAGGGGAUAUAAUUUCAUGGGUCAGUGGAUAAUUUUAAAAAUUAUUGGAUUAAAAUUUUGAAUGGUUUCGUUAAUUUUAAUCGCACUUAAACCAAAUUAUUAAAAACUGAAAUUUAAAUGUUAAUGAAAAAUUUAAAGCUUCGGAUUUUAUUAAUUAAAAGUUCAAACUUUAAUGUUGAUUCGUUCGUUCUUAAAAGUUUGAAUAAUGUUAGCCUUUGAUUUAAUAUUUUACAAAAUUGGAUUGUCGUUGGAAUUUAUUAAAUCGUUAAAAAUCGUUGCUUUUUGAAAAUAAAAAUCGUAACUUUUAGAAAAAUAAAAUUAAUGCAAGUUCGUGAAAUUAAAUUUAAUUUUAAUUGAGUUGGUCCGUAUAACGAACCAAAGGCACGAACACAAGUGUGGUGGACGUAUGGCUCGUCGAGCCAUACGGGCUGCUAUGCGUUGGCCGAGCCGCGCCGACACGGCAACAUCAAGCAUGUUGCGUGCCUCGUGCGCGCUGGGCGAGGAAAGGGGCAGGCGGUUGCUUGCAAGGGGCUGCGACGAAGCAAGGCACAAGGACCUGCGACGUCCAGCGCAGUGAUGCACAAUGAUGCAGCACAAAGGCAACGAUGGCUGCGGGCACGCGCGCGCGCGAAGGCUACGGGGUGUGCGAGCUUGCUCGUCGCCUCGUAGGCCACAUGCAAGGGCAUUGGGCUGGGCGCAAGCCUAUCCCAACUACGUAAUUGGACUUUUUUCGUUGAAAAUUGUUUAUUUCGUUGGGAUUCGCAUAUUUGCAUUAAUUUGGGCUAAUGGGAUAUUUAAUUUAAUAUUUUAUUUGCUUGGGCCGGGCCGCGAGUUUUAAUUUAAUAUUUCAUAAUUAAUUAUCCGGAAUAAUUAUUGGUUUGAGUGGGAGCCACUAAAUGUGAAGCAAAUAAUGCCCCUUGUCCAAGUAUGCAUUUAAUGUUAAGUCUAAUAAAUGCGGUUCAGUAUUAAUUAACAAGUUAAUAAUUCAGUGAGAUCAAGUGAGCUGGAUGCCUAGCUAGAGGCCGCUUCAGUUCAAGUGGAAUUAAUGAUAUUAAUCCACAGCUUUUCUUGACUGAAUCCGUAGGGUCACACAAAUAGUACGUAAACGGAUCAAGUAUUUAAUGGCAUUAAAGACUCCAUCUAUGGUUAUUCGGAUUCGACGGAUCUUGGUUUCAGUGGGAGCUGAGAUCGUCAAAGGCAAUUAAAUGAAUACUCCGGAAACGAUGAUAUUGCCGGAAACGGAAAUAUGGAUCGUAUCGGAAAUAUAAAUAUUAUCCAAGUCGUAGAUGUUGCCGGAAACGGAAACAUGGUACGUAUCGGAAAAUAUUAUCGGAAAUGGAAAUAUUGUCGGAAUUGGAAAUAUUGCCGGAAAUGGAAAUAUUGUCAGAAUCGGAAAUAUCAUCGGAAUCGAAAAAUAAUUCCGGAAACGGAAAUAUUAAAUAUUUGUUAGAAACGGAAAUUAAUUCAGGAAUCGGAAAUGUUAAAUAUUGUUCGUAUCGGAAAUGAAUUCCGGAAUCGGGAUAUUUAAUCGGAAGUGUAUCGUACGAAUAAGCAUCUGACGAGGCUUGCUAGACGAAGGCCCAGCACGAAGCUAGGCCAUCGCCCAGCAAGCCACACGCAUCAACACACGCCAAAGCCUCGCCAGGCCCAGCGCAAGGCCAGGCCCAGCAAAGGCUUGGCGCACGCGCACGGAUCAGGUGGGCUGCAAGCAUGGGCCAGGCGCCGUGCAGUUCGCGUGGGCCGCGAGGCAUGCGCGCGGGCUGUGCGGUGCUCGUGUGCGUGCUAUACGAAUCCUAAAGCUAUCGGAAUUCGUGUUAUGAUUAAAACCUAAUCCUAAAAGAUAAAAUUAAUUAUUUAGAGUUCUAAAAGGAUUAUAAUUAAUUAAUUAGUAUUCUAACAGGAUUCGAAAUCCUUUUUCCAUGGUUCUAUAAAUAUAUGCCUAGGGUCAUAAAUUUAUACACGAGUUUUUCAACAAGUAUUCAUACAAUAAAAGUUGUGAUUUUGAGCAGAAAAAUCAGUCACAUUACUUUCCCAUAUUAGCCGAAAAUAAUAGUACCUUAAGGGCGAUUCUAGUUGGUCAAUCUUAAGGCGGAUCCGGACGUGUUGUGGACUAUCUACGGAGGGACGACACUUGGAGUCCUAAAGACUUGUUCUUGUUCGGUUCGGGCGCAACUAGGGAGGGCACGCUAGAAAGUGUAUGCAUCUAAAUUAUGCUAACUGAUUAUGUGUAAAUAAUAUGUUUCCUGGCAUUAAGGUUUUUCCGCAUGAUUUAUGUUUUUCAUAUGUAUCAUAACCUAACAGUGGUAUCCCGAGCCUCUUAUUAUUUACAUAAUAUAAAUUGCAUGACAUGGUCAAAUUUUACAAAUUUGCAAAGAAUUAGAAGGGGUGAUUAAUUUUCGUAAUUGUUAAUUAAUUGCAAAUUGCGAUUAUUUAAUUAUAUGUACGCAGUUUUUCGGCAGUUUAUUCGUUACUCAACCAAAUCGAGUGAUUUUUGUGUCAAUUCCGCAUGUAAAAGGCAUUCUAAAAUUUUGACAAAAAUAUUAAUUUUCGGCCGAACCCAGAAUUCCCAAAUUCGAAGCCUAACUAUGACUUUUCGGAGGUUUUAGUUUUUCGAACGCAAAAGUUUGUAAAUUUAAGAUGUUAAAUUGAAUAUUUGCGAUUCUUGUUGAUAAAUCUUGAUUUUUUGAUUGAC